AUGGCGGGUGUUCCUAAAACGGUACUAGUUGUCCUCUCCAUCUUCCUCGUGGCGUUUCUGUCUGGUGCAGAAGGAGGAAGAGAUUUCUCCACCAAAGGAGGGGAAGUCUACCAUCCCCAAGCUUUCUGGUUUCCACACAUCCCCUGGUGGUGGGCAAGUAUCAACAAAGCUGAAAGCAGGCCUAAAGAUAUAGCAAAAGGAGAAGCCAGAAACAUAGAAGUUCCCCAGGUUGAUGGUACGGCUGGCCACGGAUAUCUUCCUGAAGUUGAUGGUAUGGUAUCAACCGAAGGAGAAGAGGUCUACAACCCCCAAGCUUUCUGGUUUCCACACUUCCACUGGUGGUGGCCGGGUAGCAGCAAAACUGAAAUCAGACCUGAAGAUAAGGGUAAAGGGGAAACCACUAACAUGGAAGUUCCCAAGAUUGGUGGUCUGGCUGGCCAUGGGUAUCCAUGACUAAUUGGUGGUAUGGCUGGCCAUGGAUAUCCAUGAGACCAUGACUAGUGAUCAUGGAACCCUAUGGGUGUUUGGUUAGGGUGCUUAUAUACAUAAAUAACGUUCAUGCCGGCUUGUGACCCUCUAUAGGGGUUGCAGCAGGUUUGCUCCCUUUAUGAACUCUGUCAACCUUGGGUCUAACUACUAUCUACUAUGCAAUAAAACGUAUCCCAGAAAUGUUUGUGUUUA